AUGGAUGCUGGUGGUGGUACUGAUGCUACUGCCAAAGCAGAAGAUCUUCGCUUACAAGGAAAUGCAAGCUUCAAGCUUCAAGACUUUGAGCGAGCGAUCCAUCUUUAUGAAGCAGCCAUAGCAGCUGCUUCUCCUACAGCUGCGACUGCCAAAACCUACAGUAAUCUUGCUGCGUCAAUGUGUAAAGUUGGAAAGUACGAUGAAGCUUGCAAGGCCGCGGAUCGAGCUACCGCUUUGGAUUCGAAAUGGGCCAAAGGAUGGUGGAGACGAGGAACAUGCCUUGAGCUCAUCAAGGAUUUUGGCCAGGCAAAAAAUUGCUACACAAUUGCUUUGGAACAAGAACCCAAAAACAAAGUAUUCAAAUAUGCGCUGAAAAAGAUUCAUGAGCGACUUGGUGUUGAAGACUCUGUGAAUGGGGUUCCCGUCAUCCCACUGGAGGCAGCCCAACACCUGCCAGUGUCCGUCAAGGCUUUCUGGCGAGCGCAGUCAAUGGUUGGACGACGAAUGAGCUGUCUUACCAUGGAGCAUCAUUUCAGAAUGAUUCCGGAUCAUGAUGUGAAUAAUCCUACAUCUUGUGAAUGGCUAUUUCGUGGAUUCGUUCAGUGGGUAAAAGGAAUCAAAGGAGCCAUUGCCGACUUUGCUAGGUCUACUGCACAACAAUCGGCAAUGGCCUGGAUGCAAAUAUCCAGUCGAGCUGAGCAAUUCGAAUCACAAGAUGCAUAUUUUUUGGAAUGUGAACGGUUGUUGGGUGGGUUGCCGAAUGGCGACAGCAUGAGUGAUUCCUUGUCAGGCUUUACACACUUGGGAGGGCUGCAUAUUUAUAUGACCACGGGUCCGGGUCCCUCUAGCUUAGCGGCAGCCAACGGCUAUCCUCCCAUUUUUUCGCCACCUCUUCAUGUAAGGCAUCCAAUGUACCAAGUGAUGGCAUCACUCUGGAGUAUUUACGCCCCACUUCGAUAUUUGGUGGACAAUUGUGGGUUUGGCCGCAACAUCAAGAUUUCGAAGGGCACCCUUUCCGCCGUAAACCUCUUGUUUUCCAACUUGGGAGGCGCACCACAUGGCCUGAAUAUAAAAAAUAUGGAGCAAGAUCCGACACCGGAGGAAAUGGUGGAAUAUGUCAAACGACAACUAAAGGCGGGCAAAACAUGGGACAAGGAAAUGCGUCAAUUCGUAUCCUUGAAUUAUCGUUCCACAGUGCUCUACGCAGGGAUUUUCCGCCUCAUCGUACCAGCUGCAAUUGCCGAGUCUUACAAGCUUGAAAAAUGGGCGAAUAGAUUCAUAUCGCUACUGGACAAUGAAUUCCGGGUUUCCGCGACGGAAUCCUUCGAGGAGAAAGGGACUUCAUUUCGACCCAGCCUUCGGGUUGGAUCCUUAAUGUCACAGCUCAUGUCUCUUGAAAUUCUUCGAUGUGAUCAAAUCAAUGGACCUUAUUCAAUGGAGAUGACACUAGACCUGUGCGUUGAUAUUAUUGAAAUGGCCAAUAGUGUAGGCAAUUUGGACAGAGGAAUUGAAUACGAUCGAGUGCAAGAUGAGGUGGCGUUUCGGCGAAAGCCAUUGGCGCUGGCCAACUCUGUCAUUGCAGCGCACUUGAAUCGGCUCAAAACCUUGUUCAGUCCGGACGAGUUCAAAGGCAUUGUGUUGCACCAUGGUCUAAUUCUCGACGAGGAUGCAGACUGCGAUCCGUUUGCCCUCAUUGCCAAACACUACGAGAUUGCUGCCGAGAACGAGCUACCCGAUGCCAACGAGGGCUCAAUGUACUGGUGGGGAGCAGGUGCUGCCAUGGCACAGGCAAAUCCAUCUAGUGGGAUUACUCUUGGCCAACUUCGCAGGGCAAUUCGUAUGGCGGAAGCAGCAGAGGAAGCUCGUGACAUUGAUUUGUUUGGGGAGAAUCAACAGCUUGGUGGGAGUUUUGAAUCAUUGGCAACGAUAACUGCGCGCUGUUAUGAUCAGGAGUCCGACGACUUUGUAAUCCCUCAAGUAAACUUGAUGCCCCCUGCAGAAGGACUAUCUGCCACAUCUUAUAUGGAAGUGGAAGGUACCGUAAUUUGCAAAGACUUUGAUGGACACAAAAAGGCCGAUAACGAAGAAUUAAUAGAAGAAAGGAAUAAGAAGCAUACAGACAGGAUGAAUACAUCCGACGUUCAGCGAAAGCAUGGCCAAACCCGUCAAGGGAUACAAUCGUUGGAGACUCUGUGCAUUCGUGAACUGCACAAAGCGGGCGAGGAGUUUGCAAAAGGUCGCACUGACGGUGCUGAGAUUAUUUACAACGCAAUGGUGUCGGAAUCCAAGAGCAGUGAAACAUGA